UACACAACGUGGUGCUUCGCCACGAAUUCCCGGUUGAUGAAGAACCAAUUAUUUGGCUCGAGGCUUUCCAUGUCAGCUUGCAUGGGACACGUGCGGAAAUCGUGGCGAGGCAGAGACAGCAGAGGAAAAUCUCUACGAUUCGUCUCACUCGCCGAGUAUUCGUGUUACAUCGCCAGUCCGAUUCCACCACCUCACUUCCUCAAGUGUGCCUGACAGUCAGCCUCCUCCAACGGUCAUCAUCUGCGACAUUUCUCACAGAAUUUGUGAGACGCCCGGCUCAUUUGGCGGGGAUUUUGGCUUAACCGGUUUAAGAAUCACCCGGAGUCGCAGCGACCCUUGUCGGGUUUGUCCUUCGUCACAAGAUCCUUUGCCACAAGAACCUCAGGCAAACAUAAGCGCCAUUUCACGUCCCUCGUUCAUCAUCGCCCCUCAUAGUUCUGUGGUGUGAUUGCAUGGAAGAGAACAGUUGUCCGUGACGAAGAUGGAUUAUGACCGUACCUCGCUCGAGUGGUCCGAACGCGACUUUUCCAACUUCACUUGCCAAUUCCCAGGCGAAAAGGCGACGAUAGUGACGAAACUUGUGGAUAAAGAACAGGGUCCAACAUUCGAGGUCAAGACACUGAGCACCAGUGAAGAAUGGGAGGCCUGGUUCAAGAACGCUGUCCUGGAUUUUCUCCCUUCAUCCGGCCACCCGGGCUCUGGCAUAUGUGCUGUAAUCUUCAACAGGGUCAAGCCAAUAUUCGACGAUGACGAUGACGGCGCAAACACACAGUCACCGGUAUCCUAUCUCCCUUUCAAGAGCGAUGAUAUCCUCUCACAACUCGUGCAUGAGUUUCAUCUCCAUCCUAGGAUUACCCGGACGAUCGGUAGAUUGAGCUGCUACUUCUCUGCUCAGCGCCAUUACUCCGACGAUGACGAUCUUCCGAAGGGAAGUAAGGAGAGAAGACCGAUGAUAACGUGCACAGCGCGAACUUCGUCGACAUUGCCGAACGACAUUGCUUUGUCAACGACGUACUUCACUGAAACUGAUCUCAAUCUUGCAGUGUUCUACGGAUGCAAUGAAAGACAGAAGGAAGAUAUAGUAAGAAGAAUCAGGUCGUGUGAUCUCAAGCACAACCACCCAUUACUCCUGCCCGGCUUGUUCUUCGAACUCGAACGUAUUCGUCUGGUCGAUCAGGUAGAGGAUCUUCUGGACAACUUCGAACUUCGGAACAACUACGAGUACAACCAGUUAGAAAACGUCGGCGGCGCAAGGGGACUUGACCUAGACAUGGACAAGAAAAGAAUGACAGACGUGUUGAAGUCAACGUACAGGUCCAGGGAACUGGUAAGCCUGAUAAUGGCCGUGAAGCGACAGCUGAAGAAGUUUGAGACGGCAAUGGACAUGGUGGAAACCAGUGUCAAGUCAUCACCUCCACCCACCUUCUCUCAGGGCUGUCUGACACGCAUCCCUUCAGCGACCUUGUCAUCGGCACCUGGCUCAUGCACAGUCUCCCGCGCUACGACGCUGUAUGGCGAGGAAAACCACGCGCAGCAGGGGCUUCCUCCCCUUCCCGGCGUAUCUGGCUACUUGAGACUAGAAAGGGCAGGGAGACAGAUUCGGGAAAGGCUGCAGGAUAUCAUGUUUGAGUUCGAUGAUAAGAUCAACGACUGCCAUCUCGUGAAGGACAACAUGUCACUGACAAUGCAGACGGUUUGGAGCUUCUUCUCACUCCAGGACAACCAGACGAACCUGAAGCUGUCGCGACUCAACACCAAGCUAGCACACGCAAACACCGGUCUUUCGGAGGAGAUGAAGAAAGACAGCUCGCAGAUGCGAUCGAUCGCUUUGCUGACAAUGGUCUUCCUACCCAUGUCAACCGUUGCGGCCAUCUUCUCGUCAAAUUUCUUCUCAUGGGACGCCGAGGGAGGCCAAGCCGUCGUGUCAAAGUACUUCUGGGUAUUCAUCGUCGUUGCCAUUGCUCUCACAUGCAUCGUCGUCGGGGCAUGGUACUUGGCAACAUUUCCCAGGGAUCGCAAGGGCCAUCGUCAAUGUUGCAUACGCUUGCCAUUUGGUCUGUUCGGCAGUAAAGCUGGAAAGGACGAUGACGACUUCCAGCCCCACAGAAAAUCUGGGAGAAGGAUCUUCGACGAUGAAGAGGGUGGGAUUCCACUUGAUCUCUAGGGAAGGAAGGAAUGGUCUUCCCUCAGGUCCCUCCCAUAGCGUGUUCAGUGCCAAGGAAAGUGAGAUGCAGAUGUCAAUGGCGGGAGCGAAAAGGAGUAACUGCAUGCGAGUGUCCCCACACAACCUAGGUGAAGACCCGCUCAAAGGGUCUCUGUCGCGGAAGGUAUGAUCAUAAUCACGGGCAAGCAAGCAAGGGCGGGAGGUUUUUAUAUCGUCUAGUUCUCCUGGCAAUUGGUAAAAUUUUUGGAUAGCUCGGAUCUCAAUGCCACACUUCUCUCACA